AUGGAGACUGAGACAGCGAUACGGACUAUGGAGAGAUCUUCCUCAUUGCGGGUAGUCUCUAUACCUGCUAAGCAAUUAAAGGAUGAUCAACUACAUUCUAUAGAAAUUUACAUCAAAGAAGAACCAGAGGUAGAUUCCGAAUACAAAUCUAAAUCUCUGUGCACAAAUGAAAUCCCAAGGAAGACAGAUACAUUUGAAAAGGAGGAUAAUGCAAGAAAUCUGGAAAGGAAUGGUUCAAAAAAUGAUCAUGAGGAUAUUUAUUAUGCAGGAGAUAAGGUGGAAGCUGAGCCCAGAUCUCGAGCUAGCCCGGAGCAGUUUGCGGCUUUGUGUGAAUUCAUGGAAUGUCAUGGCGAUAUAACGAGGCCCCAGCAAGGGCUUCAAGGCCGAAUAAAGGCCGACCGUCUGUGGCAGAAACUGGGAGAGUUACUCAACUCCAUUGAUGGAGGAGUAACUAAGCCAAUAGAAAAAUGGAAAAAAGUGUGGGCAGAUUGGAAAGCUAAAACAAAGAAAAAGGCAUUGGUAAUGCGCCGUGGGGAUAAUGGUGGUCUCAACAGCAGACAAACGCUCACUGCCUUGGAACAGAGGGUGUUGCGCAUAAUGGGGCUAUCUUCAGUUGUCAGUCGACUAGGAACAAAGGAGGGGGGGUUUGAUGACCAACCAACUGAAAGAAUCUCUCCACUGCCACAAAAAAAUUCUGUUCAGACUGAAUUUCAUUCUCAGAAUUUGGUCACAGAAGAAAAACUUUCGGGUUUCGUUGCUUCACGUUCUGAUGAAGGAACGGCAGCAUCUCCUGUCACCACCUCUGAAUUUCGAUGCCGUCCUCCAGAUGGAUCACCAGCGUGGUCGGUCGGUACGAAUGUACCGGUGUCCACUUCGUCCACGUCACGGCGCCGUAGACUUCAUAAAGCCUACACACGAAGGACACAAACUCCAUUCGAACGUGCCACGAGUGCAUUUAUAGACAUCGAACGACGCCGUACCCAACUGGACGAAGAACGGGAAGCCAAUUAUCACGAAAGGGAAAUGGAGAGGCUGCGAUUGGAGUCGAGAAGAAUUCAGAUGGAAGAAAAUCGAAACGCAAUAUUUAGCCGUUUGUCUGAUAUCUUAGAAAAUGUUGCAGAUAUUUUACCACAGUUGAGACCCUCGUCGCUAUCUUUGAACGAAAAUCGUACUUUGAAUUCCUGA